CAAAUUGCAGAUACUUCUCCAAUUGCCGUGUUCGCUGCUCGCUCGCCGACGGUUCCUUAAAUUGUUUGUAAACAAAAGAAUUGCUGGCAACCAGGAAGCGUAUUCAAAAUCACAGUCAAUUAAACAAAAAUUUAUUGUUAAUUUGCAUAAGCGGAGCCAUGCAAGAGUUUUGUGAAAACCUGGAGGAUCUGGAGGACGAAAUACCCGGUGAUGAGAAGUCGACGCGCACAAUGGAUGAGAAUCGCAAACAGAAUCACAGUGAGAUUGAGAAAAGGCGACGCGAUAAGAUGAACACAUACAUCAACGAGCUAUCCUCAAUGAUACCCAUGUGCUAUGCGAUGCAGCGUAAGCUGGACAAGCUGACUGUGCUGCGCAUGGCUGUGCAGCAUUUGCGGGGGAUACGCGGCAGCCUGCAUCCCUAUAAUGGGGGCGAUUAUAGGCCAAGUUUUCUGUCCGACCAGGAGCUAAAGAUGAUCAUAUUGCAGGCGUCGGAGGGGUUUCUCUUCGUUGUGGGUUGUGACCGUGGACGCAUUUUAUUUGUCUCCAAUUCCGUGUCGAACGUGUUGAAUUGCACGCAGGCUGAUCUUCUCGGCCAGAGCUGGUUCGAUGUACUGCAUCCCAAGGAUAUUGUCAAGGUGAAGGAGCAGUUGUCCUCGCUGGAGCAGUGUCCACGCGAGCGUCUCAUCGAUGCCAAGACCAUGUUGCCGGUUAAGACGGAUGUGCCGCAGAGCUUGUGUCGCCUUUGUCCCGGAGCUCGACGUUCCUUCUUCUGUCGCAUGAAACUGCGUGCGGCAAACAACAAUCAGAUCAAGGACGAAUCGGACACAUCGUCUAGUUCGCGUAGCUCCACCAAACGCAAAUCAAAGCUGAAUAUGGAUCAUAAAUAUCAGGUUAUACAAUGCACUGGAUAUUUAAAAUCAUGGACGCCCAUCAAGGACGAGGAUCAGGAUGGCGACAGUGAUGAGCAAACAACGAAUCUAUCCUGCCUCGUGGCCAUUGGACGGAUACCACCUAAUGUGCUCAAUUCCUGUCCGCCCACCUCGCUGGACAAUAAUCCCCACAUUAGGCAUGUUCUCUUCAUAUCCCGUCACUCGGCCGAGGGCAAGUUCCUUUUCAUCGAUCAGCGUGCCACAUUGGUGAUUGGCUUCUUGCCACAGGAAAUACUGGGCACCAGUUUCUACGAUUAUUUCCACAAAGAGGACAUUUCAGCGCUGGUCGAGUGCCAUAAGAUGGUUAUGCAGGUGCCCGAGAAUAUCACCACUCAGGUGUAUCGCUUUCGCUGCAAGGACAAUGGCUACAUCCAGCUGCAGAGUGAAUGGCGCGCCUUCAAGAAUCCAUGGACAAACGACAUUGAUUUUAUAAUUGCCAAGAAUUCGGUGUUCCUGUAGGAAGGUCGUCGUCGUAGCCCCUUUUCUAAAUGGUUUCAACUGUUUUUCGAUGAUUCAAGAACUAACCACAAUAAAUAUGCAGUUUAUAUUCUGAAUAA